GUGUUCAUUUCCUGGUCAGCUGAUGCCGACGGAGGAAAGACCAGCACACUGCUAACAUCCAUGAUGAUAAGCCAGUCUCAUCGUCCGGACAGCUGUUCACAUGCACUGACAAAACCGUAAAGCUACUUAAAACCGUGAAACCCUGGAUUUAUAACAGCGUCUGUGUGUUUGUGUCCGCCAGCACCGAGAGUCGGACCGAGGGAGACAGCAGAGGGAGCCAGAUCGGGAGGAGCAGCUUGAAGACAACAUGCCCCCCAAGUUUAAACGACACCUCAAUGAUGACGAGGUCACAGGAUCCAUACGCAGUGAGAGGAGGAACCUGCUUGAGGAGGACUCAGAUGAGGAGGAAGACUUCUUUUUGAGAGGGCCGAGCGGUCCCAGAUUUGGACCUCAGAAUGACAAACUCAAGCAGGUGCAGUCACAGGUUGACGAAGUAAUCGAUGUGAUGCAGGAGAACAUCUCCAAGGUGAUAGAGAGGGGUGAGCGUCUCGACGACCUGCAGGACAAGUCAGAGAGCCUAUCCGACAACGCAUCUGCCUUCAGUAGCCGAGCCAAACAGCUGCACAGGAGGAUGUGGUGGAGAGACAUGAAGAUGAAGAUGAUUAUUGCCUUGGUAGUGGUUGCUCUCCUGUUGAUUAUCAUCAUUCCAGUGAUUCUGCGAUAUCGCUAGUGACUAAAAUGGAGGAUGAGGGAGAAACGUCCUCUUCAUCUUCUUUUCUCUCUCCCCGUCCCUCUCCCCGUACACUGUCCUCCAUUCAUGCUAGGGGGCACCAUCUGGCCUCCCAGCUCCUCCUCAGUAUCAGCCUGUGUACUCUCAAGGAUCCGCCCUGAACUUCCCUUAGUACAGAUCUUAUUGUUACCAUUUUCAGAGAUCGGUACUAAGGCUCUGUUCAAUCCUUUUUUCUAAGUAAAGGGGACACAGGACAAACAUUCGGGGAAAAUUUUCUUAACCCUCCAGUUAAUGUGAAGGAGUGCUUUAUUCCAUGAUACAUAUCACACACGUAGGUCCCUGACUUUUGCCUUUGGGCCUGCAUUUUCCAUCAUAUAGGUAGAUACUUUAAUGGCAGGGACUUGGUGCCAACUGUGUCCCUUUAGUUUAGCUGGUCUGAAUCUGCUGCUGUUAUACUCUGCGGAUGCACUUCAAAUGUCGGCCCAUGACUCCCGGAGCACUCUCUUCUCACCCCCUUAGAUGAUGUGAAUGUUUAAAGCAAAUAUUUCUCAAGGUGAAGGGAAAUCAGAUAGUGUGUAGGUGGUGGCUUCAGUUAAUCAUCAAAGAGACUUCUUCAGUCAUAAGGUAUGUACCGACUGGAAAAACUGGAAAUAAAGAAGAAUGGCAUCUGUUCAGGCAGCAUACCGCUUUCUAACAUCAUUUCACUUCAUAAAUCAGCGGUUUCUAUUUCUGUCUGCCUUCUUGAUAGAUUAUUCGACUUCUUGUACAGCAGGACCGUGUCGCCCCAAACUCUAGGUAAUGAAUGUUUCCGCUGGUCUCUUCACUCUUAACUCCUCAACUUCCUCCUAAGUUGUGUUGAACUCUGGGCCAGUUUGGUCACGGCUGUCCUACUUUUCCUGCAGGUGACGUUAAACUGUCUCUCACCCAUAUGGUUCUGUUUGGUUUUUAAAAUUUUUUUUUUAAAUUUUUAAGUUCCUGUUUCUAAGUGAAAGUGAUGCUUUGUAUGAAUGCUUCUUUUUCGUUGCCACUGAGGAUGUAAAAGAGGGACAGUGUAUGUAUGUGACGUAUGUGCAUUUAGGAAGAGAUGAUAUAAACGAUGCAAGAUUUAAGUGAGCUGUAGGUGUCGUGUCUGGAAUAACUGUAUAAUACAUUCAAAUUCUACACUGUCAUUUUGUUGUUUUUAAUAUAAUUUAUUUUAGCUGUAAAUAUUGAUACUGUAAUGAUGUACAAUACUCCGGCAUUGCAUUGAAAGACUGUGAUAUAUUGAUCCUUUUUGCUCUGAAUUAAAGUGAUUUCAAAGGGCA